AUGCGCUCGGCGUUCUGCGCUUUCCAUCGAGACCUUACCUGCAAGCCCGUCGAAGUCCCCGAGGACGCCCACGCCAUCGACCUGGUGUUCCAGGACGCCCCGGGCGGCCAGGGCUUCGCCGACGACAACGGCGGCCUGGAUUACCACAUCCCAGUCAUCGGCGGCAGGGGGCAGGCCCCCGUGCUUAAGGUAGUGCACGUGGCGGUGGAGAUGGCGCCCAUCGCAAAGGUCGGGGGCAUGGGUGACGUUGUGACGGCCCUGGGCCGCGCGGUGCAGGACGAGGGCCACAGCGUGGAGGUGCUGGUGCCGAAGUAUGACGUCAUCAACUACGACCAGGUGGAGGACCUGGUGCAGGACGGGUCCUUCUUCUUUGAGAACUGCCAAGUCAAGGUCUGGAAGGGCAAGGUCGAGGGCCUGCCCACCACGUUCCUGGAGCCGGAGAACGGCCACUUCUGGCGCGGCUGCAUUUACGGCCGCAACGACGACCACGUCCGCUUUGGGUUCUUCUGCGGCGCAGCCCUGGAGUACCUCAGGGUCCGCAACGUGAGGCCGGACGUGAUCCACGCCCACGACUGGCAGUCCGCCCCCGCCUGCUGGGGCAACCGCAACGGCGCCGGCUGCGUGUUCACCAUCCACAACCUCAACUACGGGGCGGACCUCAUUGCGCGCGCCAUGGCGGCCUGCGACGUCGCCACCACGGUGUCGCCCACAUACGCGCGCGAGGUCAGCGGCAGCCCUGCCAUCGCGCCGCACCUGUCCAAGAUGUACGGCAUCCGCAACGGCAUCGACCAGGACAUCUGGGACCCCAGCGCUGACGAGUUCCUGCCCAUGCAGUAUGGCCCAGAGAACCACAAGGAGGGCAAGGCCGCCGCCCGCAAGGAGCUGCGGCGCCGCCUGGGCCUUGCCGACGUGGACGUGCCCAUCGUGUCGGUUGUGACGCGCCUGGUGCACCAGAAGGGCAUCCACCUCAUCAAGCAUGCGGCCUGGAGGACGCUGGAGCGCGGCGGGCAGUUUGUGCUGCUUGGCAGCGCGCCGGACGGCCGCGUGCAGGGCGAGUUCAACGCGCUGCGCGACCAGCUGGUGCGCACCUACCCCGAGCGCGCCGGCCUGUGGUUUGCGUACGACGAGCCCCUGAGCCACCUCAUCUACGCCGCGUCAGACAUGUUCCUGGUGCCCUCCAUAUUCGAGCCCUGCGGACUCACACAGAUGGUGGCCAUGAGGUACGGCACCAUCCCCGUGGUGCGCAAGACUGGCGGCCUCAACGACACAGUCUUUGACAUUGACCACGACGAGGAGCGCGCGGCAGCAGCGGGGCUGCAGCCCAACGGGUUCUCCUUUGAGAGCACCGACACCGCGGGCAUGGACUACGCGCUGAACCGCGCCCUGUCGGCCUGGUACAGCGACAAAGACUUCUGGGACGAGCUCGUGGCGCGCGUCAUGACGCAGGACUGGAGCUGGGACGACCCAGCCCAUGGCUACAUUGGGCUCUACUACAAGUCGCUCAAGCGGUGA